UAAGAGGGUUCAAUUGGAUCUUCGAAAGGAGUUCCUCCCGCUCCUAACAUAAUUCUUCUUCCUUUUAUGGCGGGAAACCUGGGUUAGAUAACGCUGAAUGACGAGGCGCAACGUCCAUUCCAGAUCCAUUCUCGAAUGAGCGAAUAGCCAUUGUAAUUAUCCUUGAUUUGUUUCAACUCCAAUUCUGUUGUGUAUUUAUAUUCUCAGUAACCGAGGGAGCGGAAAUUGAAGAUAAUCUGUUGGACUCGAUCGAGAGUUGCGACUACAAGGAGCUACAGGAGAGUGCAGAUUUAGCCGGAGAUGGAGGCGGAUUUGGCGUCGGGGAAUCGUUUGGUCUUCGCUUACUACAUCACCGGCCAUGGCUUCGGCCACGCCACUCGCGUUAUUGAGGUCGCUCGGCACCUGAUACUUGCUGGCCACGAGGUACAUGUGGUCUCCGCUGCCCCUGAGUUUGUUUUUACUUCUGCAAUCCAGUCCCCUAGGCUAUUCAUUCGGAAGGUAUUGUUGGACUGUGGGGCUGUCCAGGCUGAUGCACUGACAGUCGAUCGCCUAGCAUCCUUAAAGAAGUAUCACGAGACAGCUGUUGUGCCCCGGUGUACUAUUUUGGAAACAGAAGUAAAGUGGCUGAAGUCAAUCAAAGCUGAUUUAGUGGUUUCGGAUGUUGUACCAGUUGCUUGCCGUGCUGCUGCUGAUGCUGGGAUUCGCUCUGUUUGUGUUACCAACUUCAGUUGGGAUUUCAUCUAUGCAGAGUAUGUAAUGGAUGCUGGGCAUCACCACCGUUCGAUUGUCUGGCAGAUUGCAGCGGAUUAUUCACAUUGCGAGUUCCUGAUCCGCCUCCCAGGAUACUGUCCAAUGCCUGCUUUCCGCGAUGUUGUUGAUGUACCUCUUGUUGUGAGAAGGUUGCACAAAACACGGCAGGAGGCGAGGAACGAACUGGGUAUUGGAGAUGAUGUCAAAUUACUCAUCCUUAAUUUUGGCGGACAGCCUGCCGGCUGGAAGUUGAAAGAGGAAUAUCUACCUCCUGGUUGGCUUUGCCUGGUGUGUGGUGCUUCAGACACUGAAGAGGUUCCACCAAAUUUCAUUAAGCUCGCCAAAGAUACGUAUACACCAGAUAUGAUAGCGGCUUCUGAUUGCAUGCUCGGAAAAAUUGGUUACGGAACUGUUAGUGAAGCGUUGGCAUUCGGAGUACCCUUUGUCUUCGUAAGAAGAGAUUAUUUUAAUGAAGAGCCAUUUUUAAGGAGUAUGCUUGAGUAUUAUCAAGGUGGGGUUGAGAUGAUAAGGAGGGAUUUACUCACUGGUCAAUGGAAGCCUUAUCUUGAGCGUGCUAUUAGUUUGAAACCUUGCUAUGAGGGAGGUGUCAAUGGUGGUGAGGUUGCAGCCCAUAUUUUGCAAGAGACAGCUAGCGGGAAAAAUUAUUCAUCUGACAAGUUUAGUGGGGCAAGAAGAUUGCAAGAUGCCAUAGUCCUAGGAUAUGAACUCCAAAGGAUUCGUGGUCGAGAUCUCUACAUUCCAGAAUGGUAUGCGAAUGCUGAAAAUGAAUUUGGCCUUUCGAAAGCACCACCUACUUCCCGAGUGGAUGAGAGAAGCUCACCAAUAGACUAUUCUAUACAGGAUUUUGAGGUGCUUCAUGGUGACGUUCAAGGUUUUCCCGACACAGUGAGCUUCUUAAAAAGCUUGGUCGAAUUAAGUGCAUUGAAUGACAGUGGAAACACUGAGAAACGGCGGGAACAGAAGGCUGCUGCUGGACUCUUUAAUUGGGAGGAAGACAUUUUUGUAACAAGAGCACCUGGAAGGUUGGAUGUCAUGGGAGGCAUUGCUGAUUACUCUGGAAGCCUCGUCUUGCAGAUGCCUAUAAGAGAAGCCUGUCAUGUUGCAGUGCAGAGAAACCAUCCUAGUAAACAUAGGCUUUGGAAGCACGCACAAGCUCGACAGAAUUCCAGUGUACAAGGCCAAACACCAGUUCUUCAAAUAGUAUCUUACGGGUCUGAGUUGAGCAACCGUGCCCCAACCUUUGAUAUGAAUCUAUCUGAUUUCAUGGACGGAGAGAAGCCAAUUUCGUAUGAGAAUGCAAGAAAAUUCUUCGGUAAAGAUCCAGCACAGAAGUGGGCAGCAUAUGUUGCAGGUACAAUCUUGGUUUUAAUGAGAGAGUUGGGCGUACGAUUUGAAGACAGUAUCAGUGUGCUGGUUUCCUCAGCGGUGCCAGAAGGUAAAGGUGUAUCUUCAUCUGCCUCCGUGGAAGUGGCCUCGUUAUCUGCUAUAGCUGCAGCUCACGGAUUGAGUGUCGGUUCAAGAGAUGUAGCUCUACUUUGCCAAAAGGUGGAGAAUUGCAUUGUGGGAGCUCCAUGUGGUGUUAUGGACCAGAUGACGUCAGCAUGCGGAGAAGCCAACAAACUACUAGCAAUGGUGUGCCAGCCUGCUGAGGUACUUGGACUUGUUGAGAUACCAAGCCAUAUUCGAUUUUGGGGCCUUGAUUCAGGAAUACGCCACAGUGUUGGCGGUGCGGACUAUGGUUCGGUAAGGAUAGGAGCAUUUAUGGGCAGAGAGAUCAUCAAGUCUACCGCAUCUUCUAUGUUACCAGUGCCAUCUUCCGUCGCUAAUGGUGUAAAUAAUUAUGAUUCUGAGGAUAAUGGUGUCGAAUUGCUUCAAUCCGAGUCUUCGUUGGACUACUUGUGCAACCUUCCGCCUCACAGGUAUGAAGGUGUGUAUGCAAAGGUGCUCCCUGAAUCCAUGACUGGGGAGAAUUUUGUGGAGAAAUUCGUUGAUCACAACGAUCCAGUUACGGUGAUUGAUGAGAAGCGCAACUAUGGAGUUAGAGCUUCUGCAGGACACCCCAUAUACGAGAACUUCCGUGUCAAGGCCUUCAAAGCCCUGCUUACUUCCGCAGCUUCUGAUGAGCAACUUAUAUCCCUUGGAGAGCUGUUAUAUCAGUGCCAUUACAGUUACAAUGCGUGUGGACUGGGGUCAGAUGGGACAGAUAGGCUUGUACAGUUGGUACAAGAAGCCCAGCACUCUAAGUCUAGUGGAUUUGAAGAUGGGACCUUAUAUGGAGCAAAGAUUACUGGUGGGGGCUGUGGCGGAACAGUUUGUGCGAUUGGCAAAAACAGCUUACGCAGUAGUCAGCGGAUCAUUCAGAUUCAACAGAGGUACAAAGCUGCAACGGGUUAUUUGCCGUUCAUUUUCGAAGGCUCAUCUCCUGGUGCUGGAAAGUUCGGGCAUUUAAGAAUAAGACGACGCAUCUCUCCAAAACAUUAAACUAAUCUAUUUCUCAUAAAUAGACGCAAUGGCUCUGUCAAAAAAACGUCACGAAUUAUGUUGUUUAUGUAUUCUAUUUUACGCACCAAUGUUUUCAUGG